AUGCUUAAACCCUACAAGCCCAUGGAAAUCGAAAUACAACAUGUCACACGUUUCUCCUACGGCGAAAUGACCGACGGCGCAUACGUAAUUUGGGCGCAAGGCCAGGCAGGCUGGUUUGAGAUACGACCAACAGCGCAAUACAAGCCCAUCUACGACCAGAUGGUUCAGGCUGUGGAACUUCUAUACUUUGUCACAGACAUUUACGGCGAGUCGCGGAAGAAGAGUAGCGGACCUAGUGCAGAGCUGGUCUUCCAAGAGGUCAGCAUGUCUUAG